AUGGCCCGUGGCCGUCGCGAUACCCUCGAAUCUGCCGGCCUAGCUACUCAGCGUCCUCUCCGCGUCGUCGCGUCUGGCACGCUCUUCCUCACCAAUAACCUCGGCUUGCCGACGCAUCCAGAGCGGAACUCUGUCGUCCGCGCCCAUUCCGUUUCGAAAGUUCGGGGCGGGUCUGCAAGCACAUGUCUCUCCAUCCUCGCUCAGUUUCCUGCCGUGGAGGCCUCGCUGGUCGUCCCUCUCGGCGGCAACGAGGAGGGCAGGAGGAUCAUUUCUGAGCUUGAGAGAGAACGGGUGAAUACCCGGUACUGCAAAGUAUGGCCAGAGGCGGGCGUCCCGAGCGCAUGGGUGUUGCAUGCAGAUGAUACGGACAGCAGAACGGUGAUCAACAACAACCCACUGCCCGACAUCACUCACGAGGAGUUCAUCUCUCUCGUUGGACCUCUCCUAGUCCCAGAAAACUUUGCAUACCUCAAUGCGCCUUCUACCGCAACGCCGCCCCAGACACCCGGAGCCCCUUCGGGGGCAGCGCCUCCCCGUCCCUCCAUGUCGAAUCCAAAUGGCCCCGCGACAGCGCGCCAGCCCAUCAACAGCCCCGCCCCCGUAGACUGGAUACACUUCGAAGGCCGCUCGGUCAAGACGACGCUCCAGAACAUCACAGGCCUCGACGGGCUCGCGCGCGAACGCAAAUGGCGCAGCCACUGCGUCUUCAGCGUAGACGUCGGCCGGCGCGCGCGCCAGGGCGUCGAAGCGCUCAUCCCGCACGCCGACGUCGUCUUCCUCAACAGGCACUACGCCCGCGCGCACUCGCCGCAGUACGCCGCCUCCCCGCGCGCGUUCCUCCUCUCCCUCACCGGCAUCGCGCCCCCGCACGCGCUCCUCGUCGCGCACUGGGGUGCGGACGGCGCCGCCGUGCUCUCGGUCCCCACCAAGGAGUACUUCCAGUCUUCCGGGUGGGUCGAGCCCGCCGUCCCGCCGCUCCCUUCGCCGCUUCCUGCCACACAGGACCCGCGGACGCGGAUGGUGCACGAGGCGGAUAUGCACUCCGUGAGGACCGGGAGCGACUUCUGGGCCGGGGGCGGGCACGAGACGGAGUCGUCGAGCAUGUUCACGGCGGACCUGCUGAGCUCCACUCCCGCCCGCCACUCGGACUCUGGCACGGACUCUGAUGGGACGCAGAUCGCCGGGCACGGGGGCGUGCGCCUGGCGAGCCCCCCAACGGCGAAGACGGGCGAGGCCGUGGACGAGGUGGGGGCGCAGGACGCGUUCGUAGCGGGGAUGAUGUGGGCGCUGAGCCGGCGCCUGUUGCCUGGGGAGCCGUACACGCCCAGCGCGGGCGGGAGCGACGCGGCGAUUGCGGGGGCGGAGGGGGACCAGAGGGGGCGGUGGAGGCUGGAGGAGUGCUUGAGGUUCGCGACGGAGCUCGCUGGCCGCAAGGCGAGACGGAACGGCUGGGACGGGCUCGCGGAGGAGAUGGCGCGCGCGGGCUGGUUCGAGCCGUGGAGCGUGAACGUUGCUUGA